UUUGGCGUUUACUGAACAUUGUCUGCUCUUAAUCUAUUGAAAAACAAAGCAGGGAUACUAACUUGUGAGUCAUGUCGGAGUUCACAACAUCGCAGCUCUCUCCAGAGGGGAACCCUCAAAGGAAGAAAGGUGCAUAUGCGUCGGGUAUCAGAAAUAAUACGUUGGUUGUUGUGGUUACCAAGGCACAUGGUCUUCGAAAUGUGCUGAAGAUGGACAAACAGUCGCCUUUUAUUACAAUCCGUAUACAGGACCAAGAAGAAUCCACCAAAGUCGUCUCUAGAGGUGGACAAACUCCUACGUUCAAUGACGAGCUAUGGUUCAACUUAGACGGCAUCGAAGAGCGCACACUAUAUAUCAAUGCAUAUCAUCAGAAGAAGAAUGACGCCAAAUUGAUAUGUUGUGGUGAAGUGGAUUACAGCACGGCUCUUAAACGAAGUACUAGCGAAGGGUUCGAUGGAUGGUUCACUCUUUAUUGGGAGGGCAGGGAAGCCGGUAAGGUUUAUUUGGAAAUGACUUACUACCCGAAAAAAGGCGAAGUUCCUAUCGGCACACAGAGUGCAGGAAGAAUGCAAAUGAGUAAGAAGGAGAAAUCAUCAGUGGGUUCCGAUUCUCAAUUGUUUGGGAACUCCUUGAGAGGCAAGUCUCAGAAAUUGAGAAAAAGCGAAGUCGACAAUUUGCCCGAAUUAGGAGAGCUGAACAUAGAAGAGUCCAGUAGUGGCAUGGGGAAAAUUAACAACAAGUUUUCCAAUUUUGAAAAACGAUAUAAUAGCUCAAGAUCUCCUAGUCAAUCUCCAGUGCAGACGCCGAAAAAUUCACCAAGUAAAUAUGAUCUGCAGAAAUCUAACAGCAUAACGUUCAAGGGAAACACGGAUGACGAGUCUUCGUCUACUCCGGCUGCUACCAACACAGUUGGUAACUGGUUCUCAUUUCUUGAUAAUACACUCAAAUUUCCUUCGAUAUUGAACAACAUCACGUUUAAUACAAAUAAUAGCAGCCAUGGUGAUGUUGAAAAGAAAGAUAUUAACGAUGAAUUAGAUGGAAGGGUGAAACUCAAAGUUGAAAGCCCUGAGCUAAUCCAAGAGAGACCAAAGAAGUUGUUUGAUACUGAUGACGAAAAUGAUGAUGACUAUGACUUGGCCUCGAGUGUAUCCCCAGGAUUAGUUAAUAUGCGUGAUAUCAAUGUCACUGAUCAAUGGAAAAAAAGCAUUGCGUCCAGACAAGAAGCAAUUUACAAAGAGAAGGGACUAACAGUUUCCUCUUUGUCAUUCAAAAAUAACGAUUCCAAAAAUAAGUACGAGCCAGACAGCUCGGAAAGCGAAGGAGAGUACACUUUGGGUCAAGUGGUUGAUUUCAGAAGCUCAUCCAAAAGUGGCAGAAAUAAGGUGCCUAACCGUAAAUCUCCUCAAAAAGAGAGGCUAGCUAGACUUGAUGAUGAUGAAAUGAGAAAAAGCUAUCAAGGGAGACGAUUGCCAGAUCUUAAAGGGGUAGACCGUACUGACUUGUUUGAGAAUAACCAUGAUGAUGACGACGACGAAGAAGACGAUGAUAUACCACCACCUCCACCACCAAAACACAUUAUCUCAAUGAGUUCACUUUUUGAUAGCAAUUUAGAUUCAUCCUCUUCAAGUGAGAAAUUCGUGCUACACAACACUGCUUCCGAACUCCCUAAGACAGCAGGGGAUGUCCCUAGUUUGGGCAAUAAUGAGAAAGGCGAGAGUGAUUCCAGAAGACCAUUGAGUUGGUACGAGAGACGUAAAAUGGAGCGUAGAAGACAUCGCUAAAGAGCGCAGUCUCAUCCAUUUACAUUUGAUCGUAAGGACUAUUUAUAGAUUGCGUUAGUUUUAUUA